UCGGUGAUCCCCCGGCAUAUCCUCCUCCAUCUCCAAUUCUCCAUUGUCUUCUUCUUCUCCAUCAGAUCAAAUCCAUCGGAAUCGAUCGGUGGCUGGGAGCCUCCUUAUCCCCCACGCAGACGCUUCUCCACCGCACAUUACUCGCCUCCGCCGUUUUGGAUUCUUCCCUGAUUUUUUCCCCUCCUCUCGAUCGCUUGGUGUUUGUGCUUGUUGUUGCGUUGCGUUUGCUUAUAGUGGUCCAGUGAGCUCCAGCGAGCAAAAACAGACGCCAUGAGCGCCAGAGAGAGAUUUUGGUGCCAAUAGACACACACUGAUUUCAUCAUCAUCUAGGCCCAAAAACCUCUACUCUUCCGCGUCUUGGAAAAUUCUUCUCAGAUUGCAUCACCAGUAGGAGGAUUGUCAGAUUGCUGCUGCUGCUCUUGUACUAGUUGUAUUCAGGAUUCAGAAUUUGGGCGGACGACGACGAGGAUAAAUCGGAUCUUUUCUUCCUCCUUGAUUAAUUCCUGAGGCGUGUGUGUGAUUAGUUCAAAAAAGAAAAAUAGAAGCGAGAUGUCGGCGUUGCUCGAUCUGCUCAUGGGGGUCUUCCGCCAGCCGACCCUCGGCGGCGUCGCCCUCGAGCUCGCCUCCCUCGCCGCGCCGCUCUGGCUCGCCGCCCUCGUCGGCCUACUCAUCGGCUGGGCGUGGCGCCCGCGCUGGGCCCUCGUCGUCGUCGGGGAGGCGCCGCCGCCGCCGCGUGCCGCCGCCGAGGACUCCUGCCGCAAGAACGAGCUAGUUGCCGCCGUUCCUAGAACUGCGAUGGCCGCCGCCGCGCCGGAGGAGGAUGAGGGAUUGGCCGUCGACACCGGAGAUUUGAUGCACCUCCGCCGCCUUGUCGAGGAGAAGGACGGCGGGCCGGCGUGGAUUCACAUGAUGGACAAGACGCUGCCCACGAUGCGCUACCAAGCAUGGAGGAGAGAUCCUGAGGGUGGCCCGCCUCAAUACCGCAGUAGCACUAUCUUUGAGGAUGCAUCGCCAGAAGUUGUCAGGGAUUUCUUCUGGGAUGACGAGUUCCGGAUUAAGAACACUUGGGACGACAUGCUUCUUCAGCACGAUACGUUGGAGGAGUGCACAAAGACUGGAACGAUGGUUCUCCGGUGGGUCAGGAAGUUCCCGUUCUUCUGCAGUGACAGGGAGUACAUUAUCGGUCGCAGGAUAUGGGCAUCUGGAAAGACGUAUUACUGUGUAACAAAGGGUGUGCCUCGCCCCUCUGUUCCAAGGUGCAACAAACCUCGUCGUGUGGACGUGUACUACUCUAGUUGGUGCAUCCGUCCAGUUGAAUCAAGAAACGGUGAUGGCUCAAUGACCGCAUGUGAGGUGCUCCUGUUCCAUCAUGAGGAAAUGGGGAUUCCAAGGGAAAUUGCAAAGCUCGGUGUUCGGCAGGGGAUGUGGGGCUGCGUCAAAAGGAUUGAGCCUGGCUUGAGGGCAUACCAAAUCGCAAGGACUGCUGGCGAGCCCCUUUCAAAAUGCGCUGCCAUGGCACAUGUCAACACGAAGGUUGAUCCUGAUGAGCUCAUCACUGCAGAGGACAAGACAGAGGCCAGUUCAACCAACAACGCUGAAGCUGAGAAACCAAAGCACUGGACAGGCAAUAUACCCAAAGUCAUCCUUGUAGGUGGCGCAGUUGCCCUGGCAUGCACGUUUGACCAUGGACUGUUAACAAAGGCUCUCAUAUUUGGUACGGCGAGGAGGUUUGCAGGACCAGGAAGGAGAUGAAGUUAAGUCCUAAUGAACAAUUCUUCGCUUAUCAUUUUUCAACAGAAGGUACAAAAGGUCGCCCGCAAAGCUGUCAUCGUACCAAUAGUCCAAUACAGCAGAUGAUGCAGAUCAAGCCUUUUUUGCAGUUCAGAUAGUGCCAUUGUUGCAUAUUCUGGGUUGGUUUGUCCAUGUUAGAUCAGUUCAUGAAAAGAUCUAGUUCGAGACAAAAAGGAGUGUUCGUUUAGCAGACUAGGGGCAUACUGCUGUUACUGCAGUUUCUGAGGAUUAGAACUAGCUAAGCUGGGAUUUUGAGACCAAAAAACCGGUUGUAUGGUGUACAAUGUAUUAACGCUCAAAUUUGAGGUGCUAUAAAAUAUAGUGCUAUUGUUUGUUACAAGAA